UCCUAAGACCUCCUUGGCGGCGAAGCGCGACGGUGGCUAUAGCAACCCCGCCGCCGGUUAGGCCCGUCUCUUGGUUGGCUUUGCCUGCGCAGAGAGGGAGGAGGGACAGGAAACCGCCGAGAGGCGCCGGGUCUCCCGGGGCCGGCCUUACGGGCGAGGAAGCCGGGAACAUGGGAGUCAGGAUGGACGAAAGCGGCGAGCGCAGGAGGUGGCAGAGCAGCCCAGUAAUUGACUAUCUGACCAUUCCUAGGUAUGGGCUAGCAAGCCCAUUCAAAGGACAUUUAAGUACCAAAAGUAAUGCUUUCUGCAUUGACUCCUCCUCCCGCAGACUCAGUAAUCAGUACCUCAUCAGGGAUCACAUGGCUGUUCAUUACAAUAAAAUACUUUCAGCCAAAGCUGCUAUAGAUUGUUCAUUACCAAAAAGCAGAUUAAACAGCAUAAAAUUUUCAGAUCAGAACCGAAGAGAGAAAUUAAAGAAAGAGGUAGAAAAAUGUGAGAAGGAGAUGAUUUCAUCUCAACAGGUAUCCCGAUCAAGCUCCAGGGAAAGUAGAAGACUGCUAUCUGCUACCUAUACAAAACCCACUCCGAUACAGGAUUCAUCAGAAUCAGAAGACAAGGAACACUUCAAGGCACCAUGUGAACAGCAGCAUGGGUUAGACUCCCUAUCGACUCCAGAGAAGCAAAGCGCAAUCCUUCAAAGAAAAGAAAAAAAUAACAAAAAAGUUGGUCCGAAAAUCUCCAGCUUAUCAAUUGAAAGCUCAGAUUCCAGCAUUUCAAGCCUACAAAAAAUACAUUGUGGAGUUUCCUGUAGUUCUUCGGACACUACAGCAAGCAAGCAUUCUUCAAAAGCCCAAACUCCUGACUCCAAAGCAUGCAGUGGGGAUCUCCUGGAUAAGCAUUCCCAACAUUUUACCAAUGGUCAGCAGCCAUUCACUCCAAGGACUUUAAAGUCAGAUGCGAAAUCCUUUCUUUCACAGUACAGAUACUACACCCCAGCGAGACGAAAAGUAAGGGCGAAUCUUAGGCAACAGAUGGAAGCAGAAACACAAACUGAAAUAAGCAGUUUUCAAGCUGAGUCUGAAGCAGCUGAAAAAGAGAAUUUGCCUAGUUUUGAGAAGAUCACAAAGGAGUUAGAAGAUCCCAAGUUUUCUAAUGAACAGAAGUCUGAUGAAAUGAAACCUAUUUCUCGGUUAUCCUCUCCAAGAGCAAUUUCUCCAUGUUCUGUUGAGUCCCCAACCAUGAGGAAAAUCCAAGCUGAAGAAGAAGAACUGAGGUAUUUAAAUUUUAUUCAGGACAUAACAGAUGAGAUUCUGAAGCUUGGAUUAUUUUCCAACAGGGCUUUGGAAAGAUUGUUUGAACGUCACAUAGAACUAAACAAGAACCAUCUAAAUAAGACCAAAAUGCGCCACCUGCUGGAGAUUCUAAAAGUAGACUUGGGUUGCAACAGAGAGGAAAAUUCUGCAGGAGUGUCCGAUGCAUAUAGGCAUUUACAGAAUGAAUCAGCAGAGCACCUUCAACUUACCAGUAUAUCCCAGAGCAAAGAGUCAGAAAGUGAAGAGCUGUUAAAUGUAGUGGAUUUAAGAACAAGUGAUCUCACUGUACACAAUGAUAAAUUCCAGGGAGUAGAAAACCAGGAUGUAAUUUCUCAGGACAUCGAAGAAUUACUGAACAUUGAGCUGAAUCCCCCAGCCAUGAAAACUGAUGAAACUCCAGAUAACACAUGUCCAUUGCCACCAACAUGUAAUUCAACCACAUGUGAUGCUGACUUUGAAACAAGUGAAUGUUUGAGAGAAGUUGAUGAACUGAAAGAAAAUAUGACAGAACCCAUCUCUUUGGUCAGGGCCCAGGAGUAAACAACUUGCAGCAAAGCACCAAACGGGGCAGUUCAUCUAGUCAGCAGUGCAGAGAUCUGAACUUUGAAAAUUAAAUAAAAUGCUAGCAAAUCAGACUUUUAAUAUUUUUUAUUUGGAUGCCACUGCAAAUGGGCUUGAAAUAUUAGCAAAUAUUAGCAAAUGGGCUUGAAAUAUUAGAAGUCAGACUUUUUUGAAUUGGGCACUGGAACAUUGUAAGAAACAAUAGACAAAAUUGUCAUGUGUGAUGUUAUUAACUGCAGAAAAGACUAGGGAUAUAGUUUGGGGCAUAAUGUUUAUUCUCAAGGCAGUAUAUUUAUCAAAAUACACUUACAAUAAAUGAAUAUAAAAUUUGCAGGAGUAAAAACUGAUUGUAAAUAAUUAACCCUUCUGAAUUCUUUUCCAAAAAGUUAUACACUCUGAUUGAAUCAUUACUUAUAUCUGUGCAGAGAUCUGGUGCAGCUUGCUGUUUAGUGAACCAGGAUUGUUUUGUCUGAUUUUAAUGGAGAAGCAUCCUCUGCAAUGCAGUAUUCAAAUGAAGGAUUCAUCCAUUCAUCUUUUAAAACAUGGAUCAGUUGACAGGACCUCUGACUUACUAACAAUAGAUGAUCACACAGUCAGUGUUAACUAAUUGUCUGAUGUGUCCUUUCGCUUAAAGUUGGAAGGAUAAAAUGAAUUCACUGCUGUUUGCGUGAUGAUAUUAGUUCUAUAUCAGGGAUGGUUAAAUAUACUGAUCACUCAAGCCUUUUAGACAAUAGUCCAAAUGCAAGCAGUGUGUUUCAUUGCAUAAUUGGUAACCCCUCUCCUGCAUAAUAAAGUUCCCAUUACACAAAAUGGGGUGUGAAGACCUUGAGAACAUCAGUUGUUAGAUUUUAAUUUCCACUCACUCUAAGUAUCAGGAAGAGAAAUUGCACAACCAGACAAAAGCAGAAUCAUACAAGUGAACCUAUGUACACUCAUGCAACGCUAUGAUAUAUGAAUAAAAGGAAAAGGGCUUCUAUCACAAUAGUGUGAUGCUUUCAAUAGGCUAAUCAAUUUGACACUUCCUUAUGGAUGUUGCUGUAUGACAUAAUGGAUGGUAAGGGAUCUAUUUGAAGGUGAGCUGCAAAGAGUUACAUUUUGUUGCUACUUCUCUUGAUCUUGUGGGAAAGAACUGUCAUAGCAACUAUUUUUACUAGAAAGCAUCCAGAAAUGACACACAGUACUGCCCUUUGUUGAAUGAAUUAUGAAAAUACCUACUGAUACCACAAUAAAAGUUGUUUACCCUCUUUCAAUCAAAAGCUUUAUAGAUUUUUUUAAUGUAGUCCACAGACUGACAAGCAAAAAUCAUGAUUGAAAAGCAAAUGGAAAUGAUAAAAAAAUGGUAAUAAGAUUUUUUAAAGUUGGUAGAUUUCUUACCCAAACUAGCUUAAAUGGAAACUUUAGGGGGGAAAAGACACUGAAACUUGUCUCUUGGGAAAGGAGCUUAAAUGGCCUGUGUCUUUUCUCUUACAGCUUCUGCAGCUGGUUUGGGUGAAAAGAGGUUAAGUCAAGGGUAAGAAAACAAUGUGGCCAUAUUGAACCCACA